CGUAUACACAAUCAUCGGUGCUCCACCUCGUUCCAUUGCGCUGUCUACCGUCAAACAGCUGCGCGACGACCAUGACUGUCGCGAGUGUGCGUCCGUCAGGCCUCUGUGUUGUCACGUGACGAUGACGGACACCGUCGCGACGAAGCUUAUUCUUAAGUCUUGAGGGGUGGAGACCACCCUUAUUCUCCUGAGUGUCGCGAACGUAACAACGCAUCAACGACGUAACACCAUACACUGCAUCCGAACCACUCGGGUCGAGAUACGAGAUUUAGUUGGUUAAGGACAGCGUGACGACGUAAAUAUACGGCGAGAUCGAUAAAAGAAUACGUGGAAGCCCCCGUGUUUCGCCUGUCGUUUCGUCGGCCGUUCAUGGGAAAAGUGGGUCGACCUACCGCACGCUGGUGGAAGUUAUCUAAUGAGAGACGAUAUUCGCGUUUAGAAGAGCACGAUGAGAGGUGGUGUUGGUGAUGGUCCAAACACAAUUACUGUUCCCGCUUCGGCGUCUGUUAAUUUUUUGACAACCGAAGAUAGCAUGAGCGACGACGUAUUCGAAAUGGACGACGAUCGCUCUUCCACUGUCACGAAUGUCAUUUCCGGAGGUCUCACGCCCGCAACUAUAGAGCGAUCCUUCGAAAAGACACCCUCACCUACCGGAUACCGCGAUUAUAAGCCACCUGCCGAGGUACUGAGUAACAACUACAGCACGACUUUUAAGACAACGAGCGACUUCGACAGCGUAAGAAGUGCUUUGAAGAAAGACCAGGAGAGAGAUGAUAAUUUCGCGCAUAAGACAAUCCUUCUCGGUGAUAGCGGGGUUGGCAAGACUUCGUUAUUGGUCCAGUUUGAUACCGGAAGAUUCCAGCUAGGAAACUUUGCGGCCACCGUGGGUAUCGGUUUUACGAACAAAGUUGUCACCGUCGACGACACGCCGAUCAAGCUGCAGAUAUGGGACACAGCCGGCCAGGAAAGGUUCCGAAGCGUGACGCAUGCUUAUUACCGAGACGCACAUGCACUUUUGCUGCUGUACGACGUGACGAAUAAGACGAGUUAUGACAACAUCAGGGCUUGGCUAAGCGAAAUCCGGGAACACGCGAACGAGGAUGUCGUCAUCAUGCUGCUGGGUAACAAGUCUGACUGUGGGACGGAGCGUGCCGUUAAGCGGGAAGACGGCGAGCGAUUAGCGCAGGAGUACAAAGUGCCGUUCAUGGAAACGUCUGCCAAGACUGGCCUCAAUGUCGAAUUGGCAUUUCUCGCUGUUGCUCGGGAAUUAAAGGCUAGAAAAAGCGACAAUCCUGAUGAGACGAAAUUCAACGUUCAGGACUACGUGCGUCAGCAAUCGCAACGAAGCUCCUGCUUCAACUCCAGCUGCCUGACAACUUGAACUGCUUUCUUUUUUUACGUUAAUUAAGAGAACGCGAACUGGAACCGCGUUGGUCGCGAGGAGAUAUGGCGCGAAAUUGCCAUUGUGAGCCAGGCAUUCAUUUGAUUUCCGCUUGAAAGAAAACAUCGGUAUAACAUUCGUUGCGAGACGAUGUAAAUUUUAUACUCGAUUCAUAGAGUAAUUUUGCGAAUAAACCACAAUGCAGGCGAAGCGAUUCAAGUUCAUCGGGUGAAUCGAAACCACAGUGUGUAUCCAGUGGUCAAGAUAUUCGGGAAACACAAGAAAUUAUUUCGUUCAACAAAAAGUCAUGAAUAUUAACAUAAACCGCAUAUGUGAUAUCAAAGGCUCGAUGAGUACGAAAUCGUUUACGCUUUUAAAAGAAUCAAGGUCAAAGAAUUGAAUUGUUUUUUAGCAUAGCGUCAGAGAGAACAUGGCGUUCUCAUUAACCAUAAGUAAACAUGUGUCAAUGAUUACUCGCACACAUUGUAUAUUAAUGUGAAUAGUUUUAAGAUAGAAAGAGUUUCACACGCAGGAUACUCCCGUAGAUAAGGCUUUAGCUUGAUGGUUCUAAUUUCAUGUACGCUACAUCCGCGUAUAUAUGCGCACACACACACACACACACACACACAC